AUGGUCCAGCAGGCUGUACAAGGAGGAGCUCCAGCUGCUUACGCCCAAGAAAUGGAGAGGCUAACCGCUAAAGAAUCCCUUCUUCUUGCUCUAUUAUGGAAUUCGUUUCCAAUUUCUCGUCGAAUCGUUGUGUUAUUGAUUUGCAUUGCACGACCUUUUGUGCUACCUUUUGAGCUCAAUCUCUUGGUUGAAGGAUCAUCAGCUGAAUCUAUAGUUACUCUGGCCAAAGUUGAUACUGUUAAGCAGAGAAUGGAAGCUGCUUAUGAGACAUUUCAGGAUGCUGCAGGGUUAACUCAAUUAAGUUCAACUGUGGAAGAUGUUUUUGCCAGUGGUGAUCUUCCAAGGGCUGCAGAAACCUUAGCUAACAUGAGGCAUUGCUUGUCUGCUGUUGGGGAGGUUGCUGAAUUUGCUAAUGUGAGAAAGCAACUCGAGGUCCUAGAGGAUAGGCUAGAUGCAAUGGUGCAGCCACGUUUAACAGGAUCUAUUAUCAUCCUGCAGAUAGACAUUGCUCAAAAUUUGCGAGGUAUUCUCAUUCGAAUUGGAAGAUUCAAAUCACUGGAGCUACAUUACACAAAAGUUCACCUAAAGCCCAUAAAGCAGCUCUGGGAAGAUUUCGAUUCAAAACAAUGUGCUAUUAAGCUUGCAAAUGAGAAGACUGAAGCUAAAAGGCUGUCAAGCCAUGAGUUUCAAUCAAGUUCUUCGACAAUUUCAUUCGCAAGUUGGUUGCCAAGCUUCUAUGAUGAGUUGAUUCUUUAUCUUGACCAAGAGUGGAAGUGGUGUAUGGUUGCUUUUCCUGAGGAUUAUAAAACUCUUGUACCAAAGCUACUGAUCGAGACAAUGGCAACUAUUGGAGCAAGCUUUAUUUCACGUAUCAACCUUUCAAUUGGAGAAAUUGUUCCUGAAAUAAGAGCUUUGGGAAAAGGUUUAUUAGAUAUUAUGUCUGGUGACAUGCCAAAGGGAAUUAAGAUUCAGAGGAAACAUUUGGAGGCAUUGAUUAAGUUACACAACGUGACACAGACUUUUGCUAAAAAUAUUCAGCAUUCCUUUUCAGAUUCUGAUCUUCGAGUUCUAAUGGAUACACUGAAGGCAGUGUACUCUCCCUUUGAAUCAUUUAAACAAAGGUAUGGACAGAUGGAGUGGGCCAUCCUUUCUUCUGAAAUUGCUGGGGUGGAUCUCAGGGGAGCUGUUACUCGUGGUGUGGGUGCCCAGGGGAUUGAACUCAGUGAAACAGUUCGCAGAAUGGAGGAAGUAAAUCUCUCUCUUUCUCUCUGUAUAUAUAAUAUAUAUACGUAUAUAUAUGACACUACUAGUACCCUUAAGAUGAACUAUGGCAUUGGUUGCAUUUAUAUUGUUGAUGCAUAUAAAGUUUACUGGAGUAGCUGUGUUAAAGGGAUUCACGCUGGACAAAUGGUUCUGCAGCUAGUUGAAGCAAUUGGGUUGCCUACAAAAUAA